AGCACUAUUCAUAUCAAUAAUAUGCUCGCCGAAUCGUCGCUUUUGUAUUGACAAUCAAAUUCUAUUCAACAGGCCUUACAGGUAAUACUAAUCAAAUCUGAUUCCAUAUUAUCAAUCAAAACAUGACAACGGUUACAUCUAUAAACGAACAAUCUAACAUAGCGGCAACCACCAACAACGAUUUGAUUGGCCGACGACCACGACCAGUAUUUUUUUGGUCAAAUGGUGAAGUUAUGAAAUGGUUAAAACGAUGUUGUGAACAAUAUUAUGAAUUAUAUGGUGAUAAAUUUCUUGAUAAUGAAAUUACUGGCCGUUCAUUAAUACGAAUUCAAGAAGAUACAUUAAAACGAAUGGGUAUUGAUAAUCCAUCGCAUCGUGAUGAAAUGACUCGAAUCAUUUUAAAAUUGAAAUUAAAAUCCGAUAUGAUCGAAAUUAAAGACCUUGAACGUAAAAUGCAUCAUCAACAACAACAAUCGCUUGCACAUGGACCUAAUGGUGCUAAUGGUCAAUGCGUUAUGAUUGCUUCAAAUAAAAAUCACCAGUAUGGUACUACCGUCGAUCGAUAGAUUUUCCGAAAUUGAUUCCUUUUACUUUUUUAUUCUCAUACCAUUACUAUCAGUAUUCUAUUUUCCUCUUUUUUUUUGUCUAAUUGUUAAUCUGAAAUAAAUCUUUGCUUUUGUAAUCGCA